CUCUAUCCCCCCCCCCUCCCCCCCUCUGUAUGUACAAAAUCCAAGCCUCUUUGACUCUUCUUUGUUUUCAUUUUCAAUUUCCAUUUCAAUUUUGGGGGCUUAAUGUUUUGGAAAUUCUUUCCAUUUGUGUUCCAUUAUCAAGUCAAAGCAAUCUCUAUAAAUUUGUACAUACAGUAGUUUCUCCCAUUCUUCUUUGUUUCUCCAAAAUUACAGAAGCUCUCUCCAUUUGUUCUGUUCUUCGUGUGUGAAUGCAAAACUAUAAGCCAGUGCUGGGUUUCCUGGGUUUUUAAUCCUCACGAUCCAGUUGGAUUUCUCUAAAAAAAAAAAACUGGGUCAUUCUUGAGAACGCAGAAUCCUGUGUAAGAAUUUGGGGGUUUCAGGAGAAAAUUAGUGGGUUUCUGUUAAAAUUUGGUUUAAGUUGAACAUAUUGCUUGAUUUGGGUUUUUUUUUUGGGUUUGUGAUAUAAAACAAAAUCUGAUUUCUUUAGAGCCAUGGCGGUCUCAACAAUAGCUUUGUAUGCGAGCCCACCUAGCAGCGUAUGCUCAGCACCACAUCCUUGCCAAAUCAAUGCACACGCGACGUAUGAUUUUGAGCUGAACUCGAGAUCUUCCUCGACAGCUUCAUCCAGUGCAUCAUCCUCACAGAAAUCUGUGGUUGGUGGCUUGUCGUGUUUGUUUUCGUCUUCAACCGUGAAACAUUCAUCGUUUUCCGGUGAUAGAGAGGAACUGGGGUCUUUGUGGCAUGAUAGAGGAGAGGAUUUGAAGGAAUUGAGCAGUUCGUUUCGCUAUUCGCCAAGUAAAUAUUUUGGUAGGUCUUCUAUAAAGAGGGAUCAAAGUCCAAUCUCGGUGCUGCAAGCUCCAGUCUCCUGUUCUAGUAGUCCUCCCAUGAGGAUUGCUCGGGAAAGAAGUGCUGAUAUGGGUUUCCAAAGCUCAAUUCAUGGUUCAUUUCGCAGUGGGGCUAGGGGAUUGUUUAAUGGGUUUGUGAGACAUGCGCUGGAAUCUUGCGUUGAUUAUGGUUCGCCGAGUUUUGAGCUUCACAGUAUUGGAACUGAUGGGGGUUCUUCAUCUAUUGCUGUGGAUGACUUGACAUUUAAUAUGGAGGAUAGUUUUGUUGGGGCUAUUAACGUGCCUUAUGCCAAAGAAUUGCUGUUAGGUGCACAAAUGAGGCACAAAAUCUUCUAUGAUGAUUUUAUUGUGAAGGCUUUUUAUGAAGCUGAGAAAGCACAUAGAGGACAGAUGCGGGCAAGUGGAGAUCCUUAUUUGCAGCAUUGUGUGGAAACUGCAGUUUUGCUCGCAAUGAUUGGGGCUAACUCUACCGUAGUUGCUGCAGGGCUUUUACAUGACACUCUUGACGAUUCUUGUUUAAGCUAUGACUAUAUAUUUAGGACAUUUGGCGCAGGGGUAGCUGAUUUGGUCGAAGGGGUUUCUAAGCUUAGUUACUUGAGCAAGCUUGCACGUGAGAACAAUACAGCUAACAAGACUGUUGAAGCAGAUCGCUUGCAUACCAUGUUCCUUGCCAUGGCAGAUGCCAGGGCUGUCCUGAUAAAAUUGGCAGAUCGAUUGCAUAAUAUGCUGACAUUAGAUGCAUUGCCUUUGAUCAAGCAAUGGAGAUUUGCUAAGGAGACUUUGGAGAUAUUUGCUCCAUUGGCAAACCGUUUAGGAAUCUCCAGUUGGAAAGAGCAACUGGAGAAUCUGUGUUUUAAGUGUCUCUACCCAGAUCAGCACAGAGAUUUGUCCUCUAGACUUGUGCAGUCUUUUGAUGACGCAAUGAUUACCUCUGCAACAGAGAAAUUAGAGCAAGCUCUUAAGGAUGAAGCAAUUAUAUACCAUGUCCUGUCAGGACGGCAUAAAAGCUUGUAUAGCAUUUAUUGCAAAAUGUUGAAAAAGAAACUGAACAUGGAUGAGAUUCACGAUAUUCAUGGGUUACGUCUUAUUGUUGAAAAUGAGGAAGAUUGUUAUAGAGCAUUAGAAGUUGUUCGCCAGUUGUGGUCUGAAGUGCCUGGAAAAUUCAAAGACUACAUAAAUCAUCCAAAGUUUAAUGGGUAUCAAUCUCUCCAUACCGUAGUAAGGGCAGAAAGCAUGGUGCCACUUGAGGUUCAAAUUCGAACAAAGGAGAUGCAUUUGCAAGCUGAGUUUGGAUUUGCAGCUCAUUGGAGAUACAAGGAAGGUGACUGCAAGUACUCUUCUUUUGUGCUUCAGAUGGUUGAGUGGGCACGAUGGGUUGUGACCUGGCAGUGUGAGACAAUGAGCAAAGAUCGAUCUUCUAUUGGCUGUGCUGAUUCUAUAAAGCCUCCAUGUGCUUUCCCUACUCAUUCCGCUGAUUGUCCAUAUUCCUACAAGCCUGGCCAGGAUGGACCAAUCUUCAUCAUCAUGAUUGAGAAUGACAAGAUGUCGGUGCAAGAGUUUCCUGCAAACUCGACUAUGAUGGAUUUGCUGGAAAGGAUUGGGCGGGGAAGCUCAAGAUGGUCUUCGUAUGGGUUCCCUAUGAAGGAAGAAUUGAGACCGAGGGUGAAUCGCCAGCCAGUGACCGAUACUUCAUGCAAGCUGAAGAUGGGGGAUGUGGUGGAGCUGACUCCAGCCAUACCUGACAAAUGUUUGACAGAGUGCAGGGAAGAGAUUCAGCGCAUGUAUGACCGGGGCUCAAAUGGUGUCUCAAGUGCGGCAACUGCUGCCGGUGGUGGAUCAACCAGUGUCUCAAGUACAGCAACUGCUACCGGUGGGAUAGUUGGCUGGAGAAGUUGACCCUCAAUUGAUCGUUUUAAGUAGCAUACCAUUUAAUCACAAUUGGUUAUUCUUGUAUAUACAUAUGUUUGUACAGAACGCUUACAAUAGUUCUGGGACGUGGACGCAAUGACUAACUGGAUUCAAAGAAAGCUAAAAAAAAAAUUAUUUAGAGUUCCUACAGCGACUGCUAGCUACUGUAUUAUCUUCUAUUCUAUGCUAUGCUUCCUCCCUGGCGGCAUUAUUGUAUUAUGUGGACACUGGCCUGUUGAUUUAUAAAUGUAAUCAAACUUUACAAGCUUGAAGCAAAAUCGCAA